UUCAGUAUAAUUUAUUGAUGACUGUCCACGUGAGGGCGUUCUUUUCAGGUGUGGGGGGAAACCAGGGCCUCACACAUGCUGUCCACGUGAAUCUCACUCCUCCCUUAAAUUUACAAAGUGGAUUCCUAGGAGCCAGAAGUCUACUUGGGCGUUAGGGAGCAGGAGUCUGCUUUUCUUCAUGUUCUUACUCUGCCUCCAACCUGCAUGACGCUCCAAAGGUCAUCCACUGACUGAUGCAAUUUCUAUGUCCCGCAUUGUGCUAAGUGCCAUUAUUCCCCCUGGAAAACCAGGCAUGGAGGCUCACAGCUGGACUCGGUGCUAGGGAGAGUGAGGCUGAAGGACACCAGACCAUACAGUGAAGAACAGCCGGGGCUAUCCAGUUAGAGUCCGGGGUGCACAGCUGUGAGUCCAGCAUCCAGAAGAUGGAAGCAGGAGGAUGGGGAGUUCAAGGUUACCCUCAGCCACAUAGAAAGUUCCAGGGUAACCUCUACGGUGAGCAGCCAUCGAAUCUGCGGGGCCCUGGAAAGGGGCCGAGGCAGGAGGGUAGAUCAGUUUCCGUUUCCGCCCCUGUGGUGAGGGUUUCUGGUUCGACGAGAAGCCACCAUUCUCCGCACCUGUGGCGUCCACCCUGCUUGGCGCCAGGAGAAACCACCCCGCUGAGGUUUCUGUGCUCCUGGAUCACAAUGAGACCCAAUCAAUCCCAGCGCAAAAAGCGGCAAGGAAGAGGGUCAUCAGGAGGAAGGGGACUGAACGCGGGAAAAGCCCAGGCCUGUCCGUAAAGCUUGCCGGGAGAAGUUCUUUCAUUUUGACCUAGGGUAUUCCCCCAACUUCUUUUUUUCUUUUUCGUUUUUUAAACAGAGUCCCACGUAGACCUAGACAACCCUGAACUGAUCCUCCUGCCGCCACCUUCCAGAUGCUGGGGUGGCAGGUGUGUCACCACGCCCGGCUUUGCGUGCCCAUUUUACAGAGGAGGAAACUGAGGCUGGGAGGGAGCUCUGGUAGAGAUGCCGCAGGGACUGGAGCCUCUGAGCGGUGCAAAGCUCCCCGGAGGGCCUGGGACGCUUCGGGUUCCCCGGGGGAGGAGCGGCGCGGGAGCACCGGGACCCGCGGGCGCGCGGUGCGGCCCCGCCCCCACUGGGGACGUGAAGACGCGGACCCCGCGCAGCGUGGGGACAUGUGACCGACUGCAGAGGCCGCGCUGCUGCGCAGGACGCGGCGAGGCGCGCGCCGAGGCCCGGGAGCACCGCCCGGGAGCACCAAAGGGGCGCGCGCGGGGGGCAGACGCCGGGCCGCACGACCAGGGUGGGGUCCCCGCGGGGGUCCCCGGCUUUGCGCAGAAACGAAACCGAAAGAGGGGCCCCGGGGAGGCGGAGCCGCGCCGGCGCCACCCAGCCCGAGCGGGCCCGGACCCAGGCGCGGCCAGGUGUGCCCCCGCCAGCACCAUGGCUCAGGACGGCGUGGAGUUGGAGAAGAGCGUCAGGCGCCUCCGGGAGAAGUUUCAUGGGAAAGUGUCCCCCAAGAAGGCAGGGGCUCUCAUGAGGAAGUUUGGCAGCGACCACACCGGAGUAGGGCGGUCUAUCGUGUAUGGUGUCAAGCAGAAAGACGGACAGGAACUGAGCAACGAUUUGGACGCUCAGGACCCCCCUGAGGACAUGAAGCAAGACCGAGACAUCCAGGCAGUGGCCACCUCUCUGUUGCCCCUGACGGAAGCCAACCUUCGAAUGUUCCAAAGAGCCCAAGACGACCUCAUCCCUGCCGUGGACCGACAGUUUGCCUGCUCCUCCUGUGACCACGUGUGGUGGCGCCGUGUGCCCCAGAGGAAGGAGGUGUCACGGUGUCGAAAGUGUAGGAAGCGUUAUGAACCAGUGCCAAACGACAAGAUGUGGGGUCUGGCAGAGUUCCACUGCCCAAAGUGUCGCCACAACUUCCGGGGCUGGGCACAGAUGGGGUCCCCAUCACCCUGCUACGGGUGCGGCUUCCCUGUGUACCCCACUCGGAUCCUGCCCCCACGCUGGGACCGCGACCUGGAUCGGCGAAGCACACACACCCACUCCUGCUCAGCUGCAGAUUGCUACAAUCGGAGAGAGCCCCAUGUGCCUGGGACAUCCUGUGCCCACCCCAAGAGCCGUAAGCAGAACCACCUCCCCAAAGUGCUGCAUCCCAGCAACCCCCACAUUAGCAGCGGCUCCACGGUGGCCACGUGCCUCAGCCAGGGCGGCCUCCUGGAUGACCUGGACCAUCUCAUCCUGGAGGACCUGAAGGAGGAGGAGGAGGAAGAGGAGGAAGAAGAGGGGGAUGGUGGGCCCCGAGAGUGAUCCUGCCCGGGCGCGCACAGGGACGACAGACACUGUGUGUGGACGCCUCGUGUUGCUCUAAGAUACCGGCUCAAGGAGAUAGGAGCGCCCUCGGGGUGCUCACGGGACAGUCACAGGCGCACAAGCCGGGUCAUCAUCACAGCCUUCUUCAGAGAGUACGCCCCACCGCGGAACUCAGCCCAGUAGACCCCAUCCUGGUAGCGGCUCCGGUAAUGACCUCCAUGAUACCAUACACCAUUGAGGUUGGAGUGGGCACAGGCAUGGUACCACCAGCCCCCACGAUGGUACAGGGCGCAGUUACCUGAGGGGAGAGAGAGAAUUUGUGUUUGCACCAAAAUAAAAGUCUCUACCAGCACUUCUUUGUGCAAAGCUGUUGCAGGCAUCCCUCAACCUUCCCUGUCUCACUGACUAGAAGCCCUGAUCCUCCAUCUUGUCACCAAAAUAAAAGACUCUGUCUUCUCACUUUC